CUGAGGCUUUAUAAGAAUUUGAUACUUUACUCUAAAUCUCUAAGCUUAACUGAUCCACAGUAUUUUAGACGCAAGAUUUCUACUGAAUUUAAGCGCAAUAAAACCCUGACUAAGCCUGAAGACAUAACUUUCGCGUUUCAGAAAGGAGAAGCUCUUCUCCGCCGAGGAGCAGUGGUAUAAGAUGUUUCUAAGACAAGUAUGUAGAUUUCGAGACAUUGCUCCAGUUCCCCGCAUACUGGUGCUAUUUAAACAUACUAUAGACUAUUCAAAAGUACCAAAAAUUAACGAGACAGAUUUGUCUGAGAGUUUUGUUAGGGGAAGUGGGCCUGGAGGCUCUGCUGUAAAUAAAAAUGCCAAUUGUGUGGUAUUGACACAUACACCAACAGGUACAGUAGUGAAGUGCCAUAUAAGUAGAUGUCAAGAUGAAAAUAGAAAAUUAGCAAGGGAGAUGCUUGUAGUGAAAUUAGAUGAAAUAUUAAAUGGAGAUGACAGUGUAGUAGCACAGAAGAAAAGAAUACAAGAGAAGAAAUAUAAAAGGACAGAGUAUAAGAAAAAGAAAAUGGCUAAGUUGAAAAGUGAAUGGAAAGAACGGGAAGGUUUAGCUUAAACAUAUUUUAUUUGUAUAAAUGGGUACAUAAUUGGUGUCCUGCAGCUUGUUGAGCCUGGUAAUAUCUAAGGAUGUAUACCUAUUAGUGUAUAUUGAUUAGAUUAUCGGUUUGUAAAAAAAUACAGAAUUAUGUAAAAUAAAAUACUUAGUAAUUUUGCCAAAA